AUGAUUGCAGCAGUGGAAUCGGUCAUUAAUCAGACGGAAGCGGCGGAGGAGACGAAGAAUCUUAUCCGACACCAAGUUACGUCCCUCCUUAUGACUCACAAGCCGCGCGAAACACUCACAAAGGUCGAACGCCACGCAUUAAGAGAACUCAAGGCCGACAAGAACAUCGUCAUUGUGCCCGCGGACAAGGGGCGUUCCACCGUCGUACUGGACAGAACAGACUACCUUCAGAAGGCCAAAAACCUACUGGAGGAUCGCCAGUUCUAUGUCCCAUGUGAAACCAACCCCAUAAAAACGCUGACACGCGAAAUUAAUGCAACACUGUUGGCACUGGAGAACUCCGAUGCAAUAACAGCGACCGACCGACGCAUGGCGAGAGCUCAAGAAACGGCUUUGGCCCGAUUCUAUGGUCUCCCAAAGGUGCACAAGGAGGGCGCUCCUCUCCGGCCCAUUGUUUCGCUCAAAGGCAGUCCAACGUACGGACUGGCAAGAUGGCUGUUUCGGCGCCUCAAAUUUCUGACCGCUGAUUCGGACACCACGGUCUGUUCGUCAACGCAAUUCCUGGAGAAGCUCAAAGGAGUAAGUCUCUUGCCCAAUGAGGUCAUGGUAUCUUUUGAUGUCACAUCCCUCUUUUCUUCUAUCCCCCAGGAUCUGGCAAUCGAGACCGUCCAGCUACUCCUACGAAACAAAUACGAUGAAACGGAGAAUCGUCUCGGACAUGCCCAAGUCCUUCAGCUCCUAAAGUUCUGUCUCAGGACGUACUUCACGUUUGACGGAACAAUCUACGAGCAAGUAAAGGGAACACCGAUGGGCUCGCCGAUUUCGGGAUUCAUCGCCGAGGCGGUGCUACAGCGGUUGGAGUCGCUGGUCUUCCAACACCACAGACCGAAAUUCUGGGCUCGGUAUGUGGACGAUACCUUCGUCGUCAUCGAACGGGAUCAGGCGCUAACGUUCAAAGAACGUCUCAACAGCGUCUUCACAGACAUACAAUUCACGAUGGAGGAGGAAGAGAAUAACCAGCUGGCAUUCCUUGAUGUCCUCGUCUGUCGCAAAGAUUGUGGUGGCCUAAAGACCAAAGUGUUCAGAAAAGCGACGAACACGACGGAAAUACUGAACUUCAACAGUAACCACCCAAUCUGCCACAAACGCAGUUGCGUAAGAACGCUAUUUCGGCGUGUUGAGACGCACUGCAGUGAACCGGAAGACAAGGUUGCCGAAUCCCAAUAUCUUCGACGGGUUUUCCGAGAAAACGGUUACCCGCGCAACUUCGUCAACCAGUGCCUGCGCAACCGAGACGAGCGACAAAAUCGCGCCGACGCCAAAUUCUGGCGAGCGAUCCCGUACAUCAAGGACUGUGGAAGAUCAUGCAGAAAUUCGGCUGUCUCGAGCGAUUCAUUCAGACAGUACGUCAGCUGCACGACGUUCACUGCUAUGCUGAUGGACGCCUACAGUGACGAACGUCCCGGGACCCGAAUCGCCUAG